AUGGGAAAAACAAGGCUAGUUCUAUUGUUUUGCUUCAUAGUUAUUUUAGCCAUACCAAUGGCUCAAUGUGUUGAAUUAGGACCCAAAGCUGUUGAAGAAUGGUUCGAGAAACUUCCUUAUGCAAAGCAAAAGCUAACUAAAUUUCAUUUCUAUUAUCAUGAUGUAGUUAGCGGGAAAAAUCCAACUGCAAUUACAAUAGCUCAGCCUAAUACGACUGCUAAACCCCCAAUUUAUUUCGGUGUUGUUGAUAUGAUAGACGAUAAAUUGACUGUUGGACCCGACCCCAAUUCGACAAUAGUGGGUCGAGCCCAAGGGUUUUAUGGUUCAGCUGAUCAAAAUGAGUUUAGCCUUCUCAUGACUCUUAAUUUUGUGUUUACAAGUGGUGAGUAUAAUGGUAGCACGUUGAGUAUGCUUGGUCGGAACCCUUUGUUUCACCAGUAUCGUGAAAUGCCAAUCGUUGGUGGGUCUGGGGUUUUUCGAUUGGCUCAAGGAAUAGCGACUGCGAAUACUUGUUGGUUUAAUACGACUAGUGGAGAUGCUGUGGUUGAGUAUCAUAUUAUGGUACUGCAUUACGAAUAG